AUGGGGAACAGGAUAUCCUCUGGCAGCGUGGAGGUGGCGCCUCCGCCACAGCAGUCGCCCAAGAAACCCGGCUGCAAAAUCUGCUGCGCCUGCCCGCAGGAACGCCGCGCCCGUGAUGAGUGUAUACUGCUCAAGAACAUGGACGAGUGCGAGGCGGAAGUAUCCGCCUUCUACGCGUGUCUGCUGAAGGAGGGCUUCAGCGCUGAGGAGGUAAAUGCGCUGAAGCGGAACACGAAGAGGAUGUGA